AUGUCUGCGGAUUUGCUGGCAGAGUUCGGCCAGGGUUCUGGUCCCGCGCAGAGCUCUGAACACCCGCCUCAGCCAGCACGGCCACCAACAAACUCCCUGAUCGACGGGUUUGGCCAAUCAGAUGACAUUUUCUUCGGCGAUGCCUCAAAGACCUCGCAAGAACGACAUCAAGGCCCUCAUAUAUAUACACCACAGAGUCACUAUGCGCCCACAGUCGCACAACCUGCUGUCUAUCCAUCAUUUGAUCUCCCUCGACCGCAUGACAGUGAUGUAUUGUUCGAUGCUACAGAAGACAAGCCAACUAGCGAGGCCGAUGACGACGAAUGGGGUGAAUUUGAAGGCCCGGAGGCCACUCAGCAGAGCCAGCCACAGCAAUCGGCGUUUAUAACACCAAAUGCGCCAGCCACGGCACCAGCACCAGCACCAGCGGCCCAAUCUUCCUACAAUCCAGGUCUCGCUGGCACUGUCGACAUGCUCGGUGGGCUUUCAAUGGCUGAAACUACACCGGUACCCAGUCAACAAUCGCAACAUCCAAUUGGCAAUCUUCCACCUCAAGCAGGCUGGGAUGACGACUCGUUUGGGGACUGGGGCGAGUUCACCGAAGCUCAAUCCGCCAAGCCACUGCCACCAAAAACACCUCAAUUCCCAAUCCAAAGAAAGACGCAAGAAAAUCCAUUACUCGAGGAUGACUCCUUUGGAGAUUGGGAACCAGCCUGGGAAGAUGACGCCUUCGAGGACUGGGCCGACUUCAACGAUAGCCUAGCACCAUCGAACCCCAAGCCAACCCCAUCACGACCAUCACGAUCACCAUCCACAACAACAAAAACAACACCAUCCUCACAAAGCUUUACUCCGACCAACCAACAUCCCACCCCCAUCCAUCCUCCUCGAAUACCUCCUAACCCAACUAACAACCCUCCAAAAAGCAGCCCAAACCGCCCAAACCCAACCCACACCCCAAAAGCCCUCACAGCCACAAAAAUCCACAACACCCUCCACACAGCAGCCCGCAUAAUCGCCGGCCGCACCCACCGCUGGAAACGCGACACGCUCCUCGCGCAAAGCAUGCGCAUCGGCCCCGCCCGCGCCGGAAAACCCGGCGGCAUGAAACUCAGCGCCGUCAACAAGCACGAAGACGUGAAAGAAGAGCAAGAUGCCGUCGACGUGCUAGCGCUCUGGCGCGAGCGGGCGUCGCUGUUUAAUUCCGUCGUUCAGGCGGCGGGCCAGAAACCGAUUCCUGCGGUGCCGGACCCGGCAGCGUUAAGGGUUGUGACUGUCAAGUCGGAGCAGGGGGGGAUUAAGGCGGGGCAUGCUUGUGCGCUUUGUGCGUUGAGGAGGGAUGAGAGGGUUGUUAGGGUUGAUGAGGAAAAUGUGCAGGAUAGUUUUGGGGAGUGGUGGACAGAGCAUUGGGGGCAUACUGGGUGUAAGGUGUUUUGGGAGGAGAAUCGGGGAUUGUUGAUGCAGCGGUGA